CUACUGCUCCGUGACAUGCCAGGCCAAGGACUGGGCCGCACACCGACAUGUGUGCAAGCCAGAGACACCAGAGCGGUCCCCAUGUGAGGAACCCCAGGAGCUGCUAGCCUUACCUAGCACAGCCAGUUCCAGGAGCCUGCUGCCCAGGGGUGAUGUAGGGGUGGCCAGUCCCCUGCAGAAACUCUCAUACGAGGAGCACAGAUUCAGGCCACUGUAGUGGAGCUCAGGAACCCUGGGAAGUUUUUCAUCCACGUUGAGUCGAAGGCUGUGAUGGAGUCCCUGCGGAGCGUGACGGUGACGUUGCAGAAGAUGUAUGCGGGCUCGACAGGCACAGACUACAUGCCAGACUGCGGAGAGGCCUGUGCUGUGAUGUACUCCCAGGACCGAAACUGGUAUAGAGGUGUGGUGCAGUCUGUGGACGUCUCUCAGAAAACCGCCAUGGUUUUCUACAUGGACUACGGCAAUGAGGAGGUUGUGCCAUUGGACAGGAUCAGACCGCUGGCCUCCUGUGUGGAUCGCAUCCCACCAUGCGCGGUCCAUUGUCAGGUAGCAGGUGUUACCGUGGUGACGGGCGGCUGGCCGGAGGAGUGCAGCGUCGCCGUCAGGCAGCUGGUGGCAGGGAAGAGCCUGGCUGUGACUGUGGUGGACAAACUGGACGGGGGGCCCUGGGCGGUGGACAUGGAGCUGACCGCUGUUGGCAGCAAGCUCAGCAUGUUUCUGGUGGAAAACGGCUAUGCCACCAUGGAGCCGCGAGGCCAGGACAUCGAGGCAGUGACCUAUGGAGUCUCAGCAUUGGGCGUGCCUGUGUUUUGAUUGACAGCAGCAGUGGAGCCCAAGGAGGAGUUGCGCUGGACAAAUGCAGAGACACCAGAACCCCACAGAGUUCUUCUGCC